AUGUUUAAGAAAAUGAAAAUUGGGCUCGGGAUCACUUUUCUCUUUGUCCUGGCCUUUGUCUAUAAACGUUCCCGGCCGCCUGGCUGCCUCUUCUCAUGCGAGCGGAGUCCUGAGCAUUUUCUGAUGGAAGCGGAUGACGUGAGCCAGAAGAGCGGCAUCAUCUUUGUGGAGGCCACAGACCGCCUGUUGAUUCCUCCAUUGGUCUCAUGUUCUGUGGAAUCUGCUGCCAGGGCCUAUCCAGACAGACCUGUUCUUUUCUUCGUGAAAGGAAUGAAAAAUAACACAUGGCGGGAUUCAGUUUCCACUUCCCCAGCCUUCACUCUUUUGUCUGCAAUGGAGAAUGUCUUCCUUCUUCCUUUUGAGAUGGAAACUGUUUUCCAGGACACACCUCUGCUCCCAUGGUAUCACAAGGUUAAUCCAGCCCAGGAAAGGUACUGGCUGCAUGUCAGCUCUGAUGCUAGCAGGCUAGCACUCAUCUGGAAAUACGGUGGGAUCUACAUGGACACUGAUGUCAUCUCCAUCAGGCCUAUUUCACUGGAAAACUUCCUGACGGCCGAGGAUUUCCAGUUUGCCGGCAGUGCGAUUUUUGGCUUUUCUCGCCAUCACAAGUUCAUCUGGGAUUGCAUGGAGGAUUUUGUUCAAAACUACAGAGGAGAAAUUUGGGGUCACCAAGGUCCCAGGUUACUGACAAGGAUGCUCAAGGCGUUGUGCCCUGUAACCAAUUUCCAUAACGUGGAGGAUAUAAACUGUCAGAACAUUUCCUACUUACACCCUCAGCGUUUCUACCCCAUCCCCUGCGGAGAAUGGAAUCGGUACUUCCAGGUCUGGGAGAAGAGCCCCGAGUUCAACAACUCCUAUUCUAUGCAUGUGUGGAACUACAUGAACCGGGAACACAAGCCUGUGGUUGCAGGAAGUAACACCUUAUUGGAAAAUCUCUACAAAACAUACUGUCCCACCACGUACAAGGCCCUUAUUCAAGGCCCUGUAGGCAGUGGUCCAUAG